AAAAAAAAAGGAGAUGCUAAAGGUGAUAAAGCAAAAGUGAAGGAUGAGCCACAGAGGAGAUCAGCGCAGUUGUCUGCUAAACCAGCCCCUCCAAAACCGGAGCCCAGGCCUAAAAAGGCCCCUGCAAAGAAGGAAGAGAAGCUGGCCAAAGGGAGAAAAGGGAAAGCAGAUGCUGGCAAGGAUGGGAACAACCCUGCAGAAAACCGAGAUGCCUCCACACUCCAGUCACAGAAAGCGGAAGGCACUAGGGAUGCCAAGUGA